UUAGCUGGAGUGAGCCGUAAGAAUGAGGAUGAUGCCUGUCAGGUGGCACGACAGACUACAGCCCAGUACGUUUUCACCGAAGCCAAAGGAGCUUGUCUCGAUGAAAGGGUCAACCGGAACUUUCCAGCAGUACCAGAUGUCAGCUGAUCCACUGUCGUCCGUCUGGUAG